UGUGCCUCCGAUUUAACUUAACCUUGAUAACGACUAGUACAGCUACUUUCCACCGCUACUAUACGAUUUUCCCCUUGAUCUGGUAACGCUGUAUAUAACGUGUGAAGUUGGGUACAGUUACAUAUAUUUGUAUGAUAAUUGGUCGUGUAAACUGAAGUGAUUUACAAUAAUUAUAAAAAACAAAAAUAUUUAAAAAACAAUUAAAUUCUGCAACUUGUUGAAAAAUUUGUGAUUAUAAACGGUUUGGAUAUACGCUACUUAAUACGCGUAAGUAAUUAACCGUGAUCACAACAAUAUAACCUAUACCGUAUAAACUAUUCUCUAUAAAACCGAUAAGAUUUUAUUACAAGAGUUAAAAUGCCUUGCUGGUACUAUGAAAAAAAAGAAUUACGGAAUACUCCAUCCGUUCAAGAUGGGAUUGAUUAUGAAACAGAAUGCAGAUAUAGAAAAGAAGGUGCUCGUUUUAUAAUAGACACAGGCACAAAAAUGGAUUUAGGAUAUAAUACAAUGGCAACAGGCGUUGUUUAUUUUCAUAGAUUUUACAUGUUUCAUUCAUUUAAGAAUUUUCCACGAUAUGUUACCGCAUGUUGCUGUUUAUUAUUAGCUGGUAAAGUAGAAGAGACACCAAAAAAAUGUAAAGAUAUUAUAAGAACAGCUAAAACUUUAUUAACUGAACAAAAAUUUAUGACAUUUGGAGAAGAUCCUAAAGAAGAAGUGAUGACUAUAGAAAGGAUAUUAUUGCAGACAAUUAAAUUUGACUUACAAGUAGAGCAUCCAUAUAGUUACCUAUUGAAAUAUGCAAAAUGCCUUAAAGGUGAUAAAAAUAAAUUACAAAAAAUGGUUCAGAUGGCUUGGACAUUUGUCAAUGAUAGUUUAUGUACAACAUUAUCUCUCCAAUGGGAACCAGAGAUAAUAGCAGUUGCUCUCAUGUACUUAGCAGGAAAAUUAAGCAAAUUUGAAGUAUUAGAUUGGAAUGGAAGACAACCCAAACAUUUACGUUGGUGGGAUAUGUUUGUCGAAGAUGUAACUAUGGAUCUUUUAGAAGAUAUUUGUCAUCAAGUAUUAGAUUUAUAUUCUCAAGCAAAUAAUACCAAGCCCCCUGAUUCUCCACCUGUAAUACCAUCUAAUGAACAAAAUAGAGAAAGAAUUGCUCCAGCUCCUGUAGUAGAAUCUGCAUCAAAUACACCAAAUGUGACUCCUGGAAAAGCGACUAAAAUCGAAGUACCUACAGUUGCUGCAAAUGGUUGUACAGCUGCAGAUACUACAGAUGGUAUCAAAUCUGUAGAUGCAUCAGCACAUUUUUCGACAUAUCCUACAAAUUUUGCUCCAGGCAAUACAACUUAUCCACCAGUGUUUCCUCCAGCAAAUGUUUCUGUACCUCCUCCUCCCGUAAACACUAUAAACCAUAUUGUGCCAACAAUGCACCAUAUUAGUUCAUCCACCCCUAUUCGGCCUGCACCUGGUCCAAAUGCAGCUCAACCAUUUCAACCUUAUCCUUAUCCAACGAAUGCAUCGUAUUUUGCACCCAAUGCUUUAGUAGCACCUACUACUACUCAACGAACCUAUUAUCCUCCACAACCUUAACAUAUACUUAUUAUUUUUAAGUGAAAAUUACAUUAUCGAUUUGAAAAUAUCUCAUAAUUUAUAUUAGAGUUGUAGAUAUCAUAACAAUUUAGCUCUUGUAAAUAUUGUACAUAUAGCAGUAGUAUUACUACUAUUUCUAUAUACUUUUCAAAUUUUACUUUAAAUUUUUUUUAAUUUAAAUUUAUACACAAAAAUUAAUUUUUCUGUAUUUUUAUUGAUUUACUUGACAAAGUAAACUCUUAAAUCUUUAUAGGAAUAAACGAUUUGUAGGAAUUCUUUUGAGAAAGUAAAAAUAAUGAAUCAAUAUUUUAUAUAUAUAGAUUUCCUUUAUUAAAAAAGUUCUUUCCAACAAAUGUAACAUUAUGUAAAUCCUGAUUACUUAUUUCUGCGAAUACUUCAAUAAGAGGUUCUGCAGCUAUGGAAUCUAACACGAAACUGUCUGUAUAUAAAACAUAAAGAACAGACUGGUAUUCCAUCAUUUGAGCAAAAGAUAAAACUAAAAACAAAUUUAUAUUUUGUUACUAUUAAUUAUAACUUUAAUUUUUUAUUUGUAAUAAAAUUAGUUACUAACUUCCUGCAGCAACUCCAUA